UCGCUGACUUUCGUAGUCUGUACCAUAAAUAUGACUCUCCGCAAUACGUCGAUGCGAGGGGAGAACGACAUCGUUAUUAAACAAGAACGAGUGAUCUCGCAGUUCGGGAGAGACCGUUGAUCAUGAAACUACACGCGAAUGGAUACCACGUCAACAAGCAGACGUCUCUUGAAGAGGGCUUGAUGCGAGAGGGGAAAACAGGCGAAGAUUCCCAGCACCGCGAUCUCAAGAGCAACCACUGUUCACAAUGCUUACGGUUGACAAAAGUGAUUCUGUACCUCGAAUUGGUACUCAUAAUCGGCUGGAUGGGGAGCGUAUUCGUCACGAAUUAUUAUCAGAUGGUGAAUCGGAACAGCGUUGCAGAGCCUCACAGAGGAUCGGAAUGGCCGCAGGAUUCAGUAGGCCUAGAUUCAACGAUAAACUCGAAUUCCCUGUCGCCACAUGGGAUCGAAUGGUCACCCGACCAAGACGAUGCGGAAGUCACAACAAUAGAAAGUGAAACGCACACGGAAUCGUCGAGUGAGAGCGAAAAUGUUGUUAACGAAUUGGGAACGAGGACAGCCACGAAUCCUCCGAACGAGGAAUCGAAGUGGAGGGAAUCGCCGUUUGCCUCGAUACACGCGUGGGACAGUUCUUCAAAAUCAACCAGUUCCGAGGAUCGAUUCGAUAAAUCGGGGUCCAAGGAACAUUCGGAUGAGGCCUCGUCGGCGGAGCAUCAUUUUGGAAUGACGGACGAAGAUGAUGAAAUCGAUCUGAAUCGUCUGUUGAUGCUGCCGCUUUGGAAUAAUGUCGUUUUGCCCUCUGAUGACCCCGAAGGAAAAGCAAAUUCGGUCAAAGUCACGUUCCAGGGGGACAAAAUUAUGGACGCAAGACUCAUAUUUACCGAUCCACGAUCGAUGGAAAAUCAGGGCUCGAGACAAGCGAGGUCGACCAUUGGACAGGAAGAAGACGAUUCUUCCAGUUCUUCGAGUGAAGAGUCCACGGCAGAUCCGAUCGAGUCGAGGCAUUCAAACUCGAGUAGCAACGCUGAUAACAACUGCCCCGCGAUGCACGACAACGAAGGUAACCCAAUAAAGCCAAAGGACUUGGUCGAUCACAUCAGCAAAAAUUUACUUCGUUGGAUCACGGAGACUGACAUUCCUGCGUGCGAGAGUCCAAAAAUCAUGGAAUCCGUGACGGUGGAUAAAUGUGGAAAUUUCAUAGUUAAUUGUACACUCAACACUCAUCAUAGUCGUGGAACUAGAAGCCUGAUGGAAAUAAGCAUUAAAGAAGUACCCUCGGUAAAUCAAUUAACAAACAGAAAAUUAUAAAAAUUUGCAUCAAUUAUUUUCGGAAACAAUAAGAAAUAGAAAAUAUGAAAAGAAGACACCGUCAAUUUAAUCAUUUUUGAAGUCUUCUUUGAGGUUAGGGAUGUUUCUUUUCCCGUACACACUUCGGAUUUCUUUACCCACUGAUGAAAAACGAAACACGCAGAAGUUGGGUUUCCUAUACGCGAAUAUACGUAGACUCAAUGCUUGCACUUGUACGUGAGCACGUACACUAACCCAGGGGCUACGGUGUUGCCGAAAUAUAUACUACGUUACCCAUAUUGAAGACUAAAACUCUCUGACUCACUACGUACCGAGGGUACUUCGUUAAGAAAGAGAAUUGUUUGGGACGAAUGGUAGCAUCGAAAAAAUAUUUUGAAACAUGGAGAGGAAAACUCGUCCCAGAAGAUGUUCCCAAUCGUCUAGUGGCGAAAAUUUAUGAGGAAGUGCAAAAACACGUCUUGGUACCAAUUCUGCAAAGUACUAUUGCACGACUGGACGGUGAGCGUCAGAAAACGAAUGAACAGUGGCAGGAUUCUGUGUUAACGAUCAAAUCGAGAAUCUCUGAUUUAAUGAACUCCAGACAUGAAUCUUUAAAAUCCGACAAUACUCAAACAUUGGAACAGGGAGCAGAGCUUCGUCCAAUUGUCGAGACGAUGGUUGACAUUUAUAUGAACUGUCGACAAUUUUUUAUAACACCUUUUACACUUGCACUGGCGAUUACGUAUUUAGAAGAUAUCGCAUGCCCUAUUAAAGAGUUGGGUACGAUAGAAACACAGGAAAAUAUGUUGGCAGCUAUGGUCGUGCCCGGCGAAUCUACAAGUCCGAAUAUCAUGGAGGUACGUAAGACAUUCAAAUCCAAUGUCAAGUCCUCGCUCAUCAACAUGGCACGAGAACAAUCGCGGGGGUUUCUAGUUUUCCCUGGCUCUAUCAACGUGACAGAUGAACAGUGGACGUCUCACAUGCUGGGCUUGAAACAAGCUAUUGCAAAAGUUCCCAAGGACCCAGCUUUUCGACAGCAAUUGGAGAAUGUCGUCUCUCCUACUCAAGCGGAAACGAAUAAUCUGCAGGAAAUUUAUAAACAUCUACUCAGAAACUUGCAAUGCAUUUUAAUCGAUACUUUUAGAGUGAGAGCAGCUCAAGACCUAAUAAUGUACGUGAAUAACAAAACAUACGUAGAAAAUAUGUAGGAAAAUUCAAAUUUCUUUCAAUCGAAGAUGAUUUUAUUCGAAGCGAUUAUAAUCACUGUUUUGACUUUCCCAGCCUACCAUCGUUAUAUGUGUGAUAAAAAUUCAAUGAGUCAACAACCCGACGAAGAAUACUGCUGUCAUUCCUGUGAAUGAUGAACGGGUAAAUUUUAUUUAAGAGCUUUGUGACAAAAGUCGAUAUUCCAGCGUGUUUAAAUGUCUUGACGCUCCUAGAAGGUGACAAAAUAUAAACGUUUCUUAUCAGAGA